AAAAAUUAGCUUUGAAUGUCGGUAUUUUAACAGAAAACAAAACGUAAAAAAUUCUUGAUCAAUUCUCAAGGUUAUUAUCUAAAAUAACAUUCAUCACCGGAAUAAUGAUCGUAUAAUAAACAACAACAGAAAAAUUAAUUGAAUCCAAAAUAACAAAACUUGAAACUUUCGAUUGUAAACAGUUUUUGAAUUCAAAAUUCAAAACUGUCUAAUUCAUCUAAUCAUCAUCAUCAUCAUCAUUUGAAUGAAGAUAUAAGACCAUCAAAAUCGGCAAGAAUGGAAGUAGAAGAUGUUUUACCACCACUUCGGUCGCCAAGUAUGCAAGCACCACAAUUACAACAUCUUUAUCGUCUACGUACAAUGUCGACGAUUGAUGAACGUGAUUUUCCUGUAUCUACUGAAGGAAAUAUUCCGGAAUCAGUACAAAAAGGAAAAAUUAUCGGUGUAUUUACUAGUGGUGGUGAUUCACAAGGCAUGAAUGCUGCUGUUCGUGCUGUUGUACGUAUGGGUCUUUAUCUUGGUUGUCGUGUUUAUUUUAUUAAAGAAGGCUAUCAAGGAAUGGUAGAUGGUGGUGAUAAUAUUAUUGAAGCUUCUUGGGUAUCCGUAUCUGGUAUUAUACAUAAAGGUGGUACGGUUAUUGGUAGUGCACGAUGUAAAGAAUUUCGUGAACGUGUUGGCCGUCUUAAAGCAGCAUAUAAUUUAAUUCAAUAUGAAAUAACUAAUCUAGUCGUCAUUGGUGGUGAUGGUAGUCUUACUGGUGCCAAUCUAUUUCGCCAAGAAUGGCAAUCUUUAGUCCAAGAACUAGUCGAUACAGGUAAAAUUACACCUCAAAAGGCUGCAACAGUCGAACAUUUACACAUUGUCGGAAUGGUCGGUUCUAUUGAUAAUGAUUUCUGUGGAACUGAUAUGACCAUUGGUACUGAUUCAGCAUUACAUCGUAUAAUCGAAUCGAUAGAUGCUAUAGUAACGACAGCAUCUUCUCAUCAACGUGCAUUUAUACUCGAAGUAAUGGGUCGUCAUUGUGGUUAUCUUGCAUUGGUAGCUGCUUUAGCUAGUGAAGCUGAUUUUGUAUUCAUACCAGAAUGGCCUCCCGAAGCUGAUUGGAGCAAACGAUUAUGUCGAAAAAUUGAACAAGAACGACGACUUGGAAAACGAUUAAACAUUGUAAUCGUUGCUGAAGGUGCCAUAGAUAUGGAUGGUAAUCCAAUUUCAGCUGAAACAGUCAAAGAUGUAAUUGUUAAAAAUACUGGUCAAGAUACUCGUAUUACUGUACUUGGUCAUGUACAACGUGGUGGUAGUCCAAGUGCAUUUGAUCGUGUUCUUGGCUCACGAAUGGGUGCCGAAGCUGUUUUAGCAUUAUUAGAAGCAACUCCUGAAUCACAAGCUUGUGUUGUUUCAUUGGAUGGAAAUCAAGCUGUUCGUGUACCCUUAAUGCAAUGUGUUGAACGGACGAAAUCAGUUGCCGCGGCCAUGAAAAAUAAACAAUGGGAUGAAGCUGUGAAAUUACGUGGUAUUAGUUUCAAACGAAAUUUAGAGACUUAUCGUAUGUUAACAAAACAUGAUCCACCAAAAACCGUUGAUCAUAAAGGCUAUCGAUUAGCGGUGAUGAAUUGUGGUGCACCAUGUUGUGGCAUGAAUUCAGCUGUUCGAUCAUUUGUACGUAAUGUAAUUUUUCGUGGUGAUACCGUUCUAGCCAUUCAUGAUGGUUUUGAUGGUCUAGUCGAUGGAGAUAUUCGACCGAUCACAUGGUCUGAAGUUCGUGGCUGGGUAGGACAAGGUGGUGCUAAUUUAGGAACCCGGCGUACAUUGCCAAAUGAUCAAAAUAUUGAAAAAAUUAUAGCCAAUUUACGUUUGUAUCGUAUUCAAGCAUUAUUAGUGAUCGGUGGUUUUGAAGCCUUUCAAGCAGUCUUAUAUCUUACCGAAAGACGACAUGAAUAUGUUGAACUUCGUAUGCCAUUGUGUUGUGUUCCUGCCACUAUCAGCAAUAACGUUCCUGGUACUGAUUUUUCAUUGGGAGCUGAUACUGCUCUAAAUGAAAUAACGGAAAUUUGUGACCGAAUAAGACAAUCAGCUCAAGGUACAAAACGACGUGUUUUUAUUAUCGAAACAAUGGGAGGCUUUUGUGGAUAUUUGGCAACAUUGGCCGGUCUUGCCGGUGGAGCUGAUGCUGCCUAUAUAUUUGAAGAACCAUUCAGCAUCAGUGAUCUGAUUGGUGAUAUUCGUUUAAUGCAUGUCAAAAUGGAAGAAGGUGUUACCCGUGGUCUUGUUUUAAGAAAUGAAAAGGCAAAUUCAAAUUACACAACAGAUUUCAUGUUCAAACUUUAUAGUGAAGAAGGAAAAGAUAAUUUUUCUACACGAAUGAAUAUUCUUGGUCAUAUGCAACAAGGAGCAUCACCAUCACCAUUUGAUCGAAAUUUUGGUACAAAAUUAUCAGCUAAAGCAGCUGAAUGGCUUACUAGACAAUUAGAACAUCAUUCAAGACCAUUAACAGAAGAUUAUAAUGAAUUAGUUUAUAAUUCAACUUCACCGGAUACGGCUGUUUUAUUGGGACUUAUUGGUGAAGAAUCACCCGGUAUUCGAACAAAAGAAUUGGUAAGAAUUCGUGAUUUUUUCAAUGAAGAAGGUCUCAAAGCAGAUUAUGAUAAAAAACAUUUCGUUGACACAAUUGAAGAUUUUAAUAACAUCCGUAAAAUGAAACGUUUUGGAUAUACCGAAUUCAUCACUGCUGCAUUGCCGGCAAUGAAAGAAUUUGGUGUUCAUAAAGAUAUCGAUUCAUAUAAAGCCUUGAUGCGAGUUUUUCCUAAAGGUGCUUUUGUUCCGACCAGUAAAAUAGCUGCAGGAUUUUUUGCACAUUAUGUUCAACAACAAACAGCCCUUAAAAUUCUCAUACAAAUGGAAGAGAACGGUAUUAUGCCUGAUAAAGAAUUUGAAUCAAUCAUUAUCGAUGCUUUUUCCAAAUAUUCAUUGGUAUGGGAACGUUGUGCUCGAAUGACUUAUUGGAUGACCAAAUUCAAGAAUGCUAAUCCAUUUCCAUUUCCCGAGAAAAUACCUACAGAUUCUUUAGAAUUAGCAAUCGUAGCUCUUCGACGUAUGACAUUUUAUAUUGAUCCACAAACAGAAGUUUAUGUUUAUCGCACGAAACAAAUCGAUGAAUCAGCCGAAGAUACUUGGAUGUGUUUUGCACAAAGUGAUAGCCAAUGUAAAUUAAUUGAAGAAUUAGAUUUGGAAAAGUAUCGUUUAUCUGUUGAUGGACCAUUUCAAGUAUGGGUUGCAUAUAAUUCUAUUUCAUAUUUUGUUCUCUAUGCUCGAGAAACAAGAGUCAAAGAAGAUCGUGAUCUAGUUGAAGAAUUUCUAAAAUCUGAACAAGAGAUUAAUGAUGUCUCGAAUAUACCUUUAUCCAAUUUUGGCUACCUGGAUUUUGAAGAAGGCAUUAAUCCAAAAAGUAAAAUACAUCAACAAGAUGAUGGAACAAUAUUAGCUAUUGCUGCUACCGGUACAUCUAGUCAAGAAUCUUUAUUACUAUGGCUUCGUAAAUUGGAGCAACAUAAUCCUCGAUUACGUUCUGCGCCAAUUGUUGUUACACCGAAUAAUUUUACCGAACAAAAACAAUCAUUAAAUGAAAAGACUGAAAAUAAUUUUCAGAAAAAUUUCGACUAUAAUACAGCAGGAAAAACAAGAUAAACAACAAUUGGCUACUUAU